AUUUUAUUCUUACUUCGAAUAUUUUUUAAAGUAGCAAUAAUCGUUAGGAGUAACUGAUUGCGGUCUUUCACUUCUUUUAGAAUAUAGGCUUUCUAGUUGAUCGUCGUAAGACCCUAAACGAGUAGCUUGAAAGAAGAUAAGAGUGACGUUGCUCCAUUUUAUUAUUAUUCUCAAGCAAAUCUUGGACAUCGUAUCUGUUCCCUGACUAUUACCUUUUUUGUCAUUUCGUGUCUAAUUUCUUCGGAUUUGAAAUUUCCAUUAAGUUAGUCAAUAUCUGUAUCUGAAAUCCAAGUUUUACUUGAAAAUAAAAUCACGCGAAAUUCCUUCACCUCAGAUGAGAAAGCACAAGCUUAGUAGGUUUAACUAAGACCCACAUUUUCACCAGCCGAAAUUUCCUCAACACAGUCAAACCUAACUAACAGUAAAUGAUGACAAGUAAAAUAUUGAAUUUCUUAAAUCCAUUUUCAUUACUUAGCAUUUAUCAGUCUAUUUAUUUUCAUAAACUUUAUUUAUAGACUUCCAAAAAUAUUUUCAUACGCUAUAUUAUUGUAAUUACAGUGAAAAAUUUCGUAGGCUUGAGUUUUUAUGAUAUCCGUUUUUAAUAUGAUUUCGAAAUGCUCACUUACAGGGUUUUAUCCAUGUCUAAGAAUACGACUCCCUUCCAAAAAUAAAUACUCAUGGCUCAUUUACAACGAGGUAGAUAAAAAAAUAAAAGCUAUUGGGUCAGCUCUUGUGAAAACUGUGAGACAAAGACGUAAUGCUGAAAACUUUGUGGGAAUCUAUGGACCGAACUCACCCGAGUGGGUUAUUAUGCAACAUGCAUGCGCUGCAUAUGGUUAUACUAUUGUACCCAUCUACCCUACGUUUGGUAAUGAAGCAAUACAACAUAUUUUAUCUCAAACACAAGUGAAUUGUAUGCUGUGUAAUUCAGGAACUGAAGCUCUUCAUCUGCUGGACAAGUUCGAAUCUUCUCUUGAAUAUUUAAUCAUUGUUUCAUAUGAUGUUAAAGUUGAAGAAGUUAAAUCUCGUCACGGCUCAAAAGUCUCUGUGUACUUGUUUGAGGAUUUUAUGGAUCCAUUACCAUCUGACCUCUACAUGGUUUGCUAUACUAGUGGAAGCACCGGAUUACCUAAAGGAGUUAUGGUUAAUCAUGAACAGAUUGUGGAUGCUGUAUUUUCCAUACUAGAAGCUUCAGAAAACAAGCUCAUCAAAUCCAAUUCAAGUCAUCUUUCAUAUCUUCCAUUGGCGCAUAUGAUGGAACAAAUACUCUCGUCCUAUUAUAUUAUGAUGGGAGCCCGUCUGGGAUUUCUAACUGAUUCUAUUGAUAAUCUGGUGGUAGACGCACAAGCUUUGAAACCAGGUGUGAUAACAGCAGUUCCACGAGUACUUUCUAGUAUUUACACUAAAUAUCAGAAAUCAUUGGAUGAUUCCAAAAUCAAAAGACAACUUUACAAUCGGAUUGUGAAGAUUAAAAUGGUUGAACAAAAACGUGGAAAAUUCUAUCAUAAUAGUAUCUUGGAUACGUUAUGCUUUAAGAAAGUUAGGAAGUUAUUAGGUGGACGUGUAUAUUGUGUUGUCAGCGGAGGUGCUCCAUUACCAACGGAGAUAUCAAAGUUUGUACAUGCUGCAUUUGGCUUGCUUGCUGAGGGGUAUGGAUCAACAGAAACAAUGGGGAGCAUAACUAUUACUUUAGUUGGAGAGUACCGUUUAGGUACCGUAGGUUCUGUCGCACAUGGUGUAGAAGUGAAACUUGUUGAUGUAAAAGAGCUGGGUUUAGAUGCACUGCGAGAUCAAAGAGGAGAAAUCUGCGUGAAAGGUAAACGAUGCACAAAAGGCUAUUAUAAAGAACCAGAAAAAUCCGCCGAACUUAUUGACAAUGAAGGAUGGUUACAUACUGGGGAUAUCGGUGAAUGGACACUAGAGGGUUCGUUGAAAAUUGUGGACCGUCUAAAAAGCAUAUUCAAAUUGGCUCAAGGUGAAUACGUUGCACCGGAAAAAGUGGAAAUGGUUUAUCAAUGCUGUAAAUUAGUAAGCCAGAUUUUCGUGGACGGUAAUAGUAAACAAAAUUACCCUGUUGCUAUCGUGGUUCCCGAUUUUACCGAGUUACGUUCUUGCUUAAACAACGCAGGAGUACUACAUUGCUCAAAACUUUCGGACCAUGAACUUUCGCAGAACAAAGUUGUAAAUAAAUUUGUCCUAGAAAGGAUGAAUGCUGUCGCUGAUGAAAAUAUGCUGAAAAGUUUUGAAAAGGUUCAGGCCAUUUAUUUGACAGAUCAGGCAUUUAACGCUGAUAAUGGUUUGCUAACUCCAACGAUGAAAUUAGCACGUAUCAAAGCUCGAAGUUACUUUUCAAAGACAAUAGAUAGUUUAUACCCCCAAUCUUAGAUUGUCCUUACCUCUUCUUCGAAUUAAAUUGGGUAGUCUCUAACUUUCGAUACCAUUUAUAAAUGAAACAAGUGUGUUAACGCCGGUAUUUUUUCAUGGGUGCUAUAAGGCGGACUGUAAUACUUUUGAACAUAGCCAUUGUUCUAUGUUAGCCUUAUGGUUAUAGCAUUAUCUGGCUAACAAUAAUUGUUCUGUUGAUUUUAAUAAUUCAAACUCAUCAUAUUUUUCAUAUUCUGUUUUAUUAAACCCAUAAACACAAAUGAAUUGCAAUUUUUAUAUUGAUAUUUUUUUGGCUUCCCCUUACUUUUGUUUAGAGGGUUUCACAGAUUAUCAUCGUGUUCGUGUUACCUUAGAAUUGAAUAACUACUUUUGGAGCACUGGAUAGAUAUUAAUAAUCUUUGAUAUUUUAAAAUAGACUUUUUUAUUGGUUUCUAGACAUGAACAAUGAUACACUUUUGGUUUGUUGUCACUUUAUGGUCUGUAUAAUGUCUCAUACAAAAUACGUUUUUGGCCAAAAGUUUCCAGAAUGCAUCUAAGUAUUCCUGAUGGAUUUAACAACUGAGGAAUGAUGAUAAAUCGGAUCAAACUGUGAAAGCCCUAAAUUAUUAACGUUAAUAUCUGUCAGUGUACCUUAUUCUUUAAACGUUCAUAAAAAAAAAGGUAAACGUUACUUCGUUGCUACCACCUUUUUUAGUCGUAAGCUUUACCGGAUGAAAGGGAAACACAUAUUUGUUCCUCUACCUAAAUCUUUGUCCGAAGAAACUAUAGUUUAAUUGAGUUAUCCCUUUCAAGUUACCUAAAUAGAAAGAUAGGCAUGAAAUAGACUUCUUUUUGUUAUCAAAUCUCUUCUUUACCCGCUUAGUGCGAUGUUUUCUGGACAGCACUCUCAUUCUUGAAAUCCA